AUGGCAAGUUUGGCUUUGUGCGGCGUGUUGCUGUUUUUUGGACUGUUUGCUACUUCAGCGUGGAUGAUUUCAGCCUCAGGUGGUCCAACACUUAUUAUAAACCCUCAUAGUGGUGCAACCAUUCAUAUCAACAGAAGUGAGAAUACACAGUUAAAGUGUAAUGUUUGUAUUGGAACGACAUGCCAGCCCUCUGUUACUAUCAGAAGCAGCAUUGAGGUGGUCUUCACCUGUUCAAAACCAGAGGAUAUCUUCACAGUGGAGAUCGUCAGACACAUUGUAUGUGCUAACACGUGCAACGGUACCAUCAGCCCAGAGGAGUACCCCUCUCUUCAAAACUUUAACCGCACUUUUACCUGGAAUGUGACUGUCCAAGUCCACAAGGCUUUCUACUUAAACUUUACCAGAGCUGGUUUAAGGCAAAUCCAACCAAAAGAAACGUGUCAAGACAAACAUGUCUACACAGUGUUCACAGGCACAACUACAGUUGGGAUGUUUUGCCAUCGGGGAACGAUUAAAGGCAUGCAGCUGCUUCGGCAAGGGAGUGUGUCUUUGCUGGUGCCUGGUAAACAGCAGCUGGAAUCGACAAAAUUCGAAGUGUCACUAGCACCGGAAAUAACAUCACUCGCGAUUAUUAACCUCACCCUGCCAGAGGAAGAAUCAUCUCAGGAAUUCCUCUCGCCGAACUACCCAGAUGGCUUUCCUGAUGAUGACCUAAUCACAUGGGCCUUUCACGUUCCAGCCAAGUUCCACGCAACAGUGCAUAUACUAAACUACACAGAGCCCAAGUGCUGGAAGAAGGACACACGGCUAGAGUAUCAGCUAAAUGGCAAAACCUUGGUGAGAAAACUGAAUGAGCCACAGCUGUCUGAGCACCCAGGCUCCUUUAAUCUUUCUCUGUACAACUGUAAAAAGGAACCAGACUCCAGGUCGUCCAGUCUCUCACUGCACUUUAAAAUCUCCUCCAUCCGGAGAGGAAGAGAAGUUCGCUGCACUGUGGAUACAGGGAGAGGGCUACUGAUACACAUAAGGAAGAAAAAACCCAAACCAACCUGCAUUUUAAAAUUUAAUUCACUUAUCCAGGAGACUAUCACCAUCCCUUCAGCAAAGACAUCAUAUUUAUCUUUCAUCGACUGCCUGGAUGAGGAUCUAAUCAUAACUGUAAAUAAAACCAUAGCAUGUCAGAAGCUUAAAGACUGCCCAUACUCCAAAGUGUCACUAGGCAUUCCUGCACUAGAGAAAUGCCUUGUUGGAGUUCUGCAGCAGGUCACAUGGCACAUGUAUGGCCCACACAAUAGAGCAGUGGAAGUGGAAUCUCCAGUAGGUAGUCUGCAGCAGUCUCUACCGGGCCACACCUGUAACAGCAGUGUUCUUCUCAAUGUAUCUGAAAAUGAACCUCAAGGCAUCACUGUCGGGCAGUUUUGUCCUCACGGAGACAUUCAGAAAAUACAGAUCCAUACGGCCAACAUUACAGUGAGCGCCAGUCCAGCAGGUGGCAAGAAUCUGAGACAGAUCUACUAUCCUCUUCUAAAUGUUUCCUUCAUUGGAUCUAUUAAAGAGAGCUACAUUUUCAACAUUUUGCCAAAGAAGGACAAACCAGUGUUCCUAGCAACUCCUGCAUGGCCGUUUGGAAUGAGGCCCCACUCCACUGUGUCCUGGUUCAUCUCAUUUCCGCCACAGCUUGAGGCUUAUGUAAGAUUUUCCAACGUCAGCCUGGUCACUUGUAAGAAUUGGCACACUAGUAUUAAAGUGCAGAUGCAGCACUCGGAGGGGAAACUAUACAGCUGGAACAAUCAAAAUCCCAAAGACCUGGUGGUAUCAGAGAACUUCUACCUCAACAUGUCCAACUGCAUGCCAGUGCAAGGAGCCUUCAGUGUGAUCAGCCAGAUCACCUUGCAGACGCAAAAAAACGUACUUCUGGCCAUCAUCCUAAGUGUUGUGGGUGUUGUUUUGCUGUUGAUUGGUGUCAUUACAGCUGUGGUUUGUGUUAAUAUAAGGAAAAAGAGGAAGCAGAUGGAACCCGCUGUAUCGGUCUACAAUCCCGACCCGCAUGCCAUCUUGCCAGGACUUAAUGGGAUUCCCAGCACAACAGAAAAUGAAGACAAUCAUAUUUAUCAUUACAUUGAUGACACCUUGGUUUACACACACCUUCUAAAAGAUAGUGUAGAAAUGAAUGGUUUCAGAGAGCCUGCUGUCGGUGUCUACCAGGCUUUUCCCAAUCCCACAGAAAGACAGCCAUUAACAGAUGAGUUGAGAGCUGGAGAGCCACAAAUAGGGGUCUACAGACCAUUCAUAAGCCUCCAAAGUGCCCCACAAUUGCCUAAUAGACUCUCACAGCAGCCAGAAAGUCUUGCAAAUAAAAACGAGCAGACAGGUAAUUUGGAAAUUAGUCAUGAUGAUUCUGUUCUGGAUCAGACCUGAACCAUGCCAGACAUGCAGAGGGCAGCUAUUGCAGAGCAAGAGAAGGAUUGACUAGAAUAGAGAUUACUGAGAUUAGAAAGACUUUAUUUUAAUUGUUUUUACCGUUUGUGUGAAUGAAUUGUAAAUGAGUUGAUUAAAUUGUGCCUUAUGUAUUAUGACACAUGUUAACAUGACUAAGGGUAGGUUUCUUUUCAGAUUAACAGCUUAAGACACAGAUUAAGCCAGAUCUUAAGAUAAAUUGAUUAUUCAGUGGUCAUUUACCAUUAAAACCGCUUUUAAGCUAGGAUUAGUAUUGAUCUUGUGCCAAGAAACCAGCCAUUAGAGAUUAUUUACUUUGAAAUGUGUGGAAAUGAUUAUUUAUUGUAUUUUUGUCAAUGUUUUAAAUAUGCGUGAUUAGGCUGUGGCAGAUAAGAAUGCUGCUGUUCCACAUGGGUCUUAAGGACCUGGGUUUUAUCUUUGUCUUCGGGUACUGUGCGUGAGAAGUUUUAAAUGUUAUUUUGUUGUCCACAUGGGUUUCUUUCAGGUACUCUGUUUUUUUUCCAUCUAACGAAACAUGUAAAAGGUGGAUUGGCUGGUCUUAAUUGUACCCGUUUGCCUGAGUAAGUAACUGUGUGUUUGGGUAAUGCUCUGGAAUGGAUUAGAGCCCUAUCCAGACCUAAAUUCUGCCUUGUGAGUAUUUGCAGGUGAUGCUGGCUUCACCAGGUCUUUCAGGAUAGAGGUUUUGGUAGAAUGAAUGUAUAGGCUGUUUUAUAUGAAAAUGGAAACUAUUUAUUUUAUUUAAUAAUACUAUUGUCAUUACCAUUUGUACAAAAACAAGCUUUUCACACUGUAUGCUAAAUUCACUUUUUGUGAAAGUAAUCUUACCAAAUGAAGAGACAUUUCAAUUAACUGUGCACUUUGCAAAGGUUGUUAAGUCGUUUACAGUAAACAUGAACCAGACUAUGUAACAUUUAAUAAAACCUUUUAUUUAUUGUGUGA